UCCUCUCUCUCUCUCUCACUCUCUCUCUUGAACAUGGAGCUCCAGCUCCCUUCUCUCUUUCUCCUACUAGUCCCGAUCUUACUUCUCCCUCUUCUAGCAAUUGUCACCCGAUCGUCCCGCCGGUCAGACCUCCCGCCGGGCCCCCCUCGCCUCCCCAUAAUCGGCAGCCUGCACUACCUGGCCACCGCCCUGCCACAUCGUGCCCUUGCCGCGCUGGCAGGCACCUACGGCCCGCUUAUGCUGCUCCGCAUCGGCCAGAUAGAUCUCGCGGUCGUGACAUCCCGUGAGGCGGCGGAGGCGGUGUUGAAGACCCAUGACACCAACUUUGCAUCCCGACCUGAGAUGGCGGCGCCGAAGAUCAUCGGCUACGGCUGCACCGACAUCGCCUUCUCGCCCUACGGCGCGUACUGGCGUCAGCUCCGGAAGAUCUGCGUCAUGGAGCUGCUUAGCGCCAAGCGCGUCAAGUCGUUCUCGUCGCUCCGCACUGAGGAGAUUGCCGGGUUUCUGAAGGACAUCGCCGGCGCGGCGGCUCGGCAAACGCCGGUCAGCAUUAGCCUCAAGCUCAUGUCCCUGGCCAACAACAUCGUGUGCAGGGCAACCUUCGGAAAGAUGUUCAAGCACCAAAGCAGGUUCCUGGUGAUUGUUAAGGAAACUCUAGAAAUGACCUCCGGUUUCAGCCUCUCCGAUUUGUUCCCUUCGCUACGGUUUCUCGACGUGAUCAUGAUGCGCAAGAUCACGAAGGUCCACAGAGAGAUGGAUGCGAUCUUCGACGACACGAUUCAAGAUCACCAGGAGAGGCCGCGGAAACCCGACGGGGAGGAGGACUUGUUGGAUGUGCUGCUGAAAGCUAGGGAGCAAAAGGACUUGGAAGUGCCGGUUACGUAUGAAAAUGUUAAAGCCGUGAUGUUGGACAUGUUUGCUGGAGGGACAGAAACAUCCUCUACCAUAAUAGAAUGGGCCAUCUCAGAGCUCAUCAAAAGCCCAAAUAUCAUGGCAAAGGCACAACAAGAAGUAAGAGAAGCAUUUAAGAAAAAGGGUAAGAUAGAAGAGCAUGAUAUCGGUGAGCUCAGCUAUCUCCAACUAGUCAUCAAAGAAACCCUUAGGCUCCACCCUCCAGUCCCUCUCUUGGUCCCGAGGGUUUGCCAAGAGACUUGCACCAUUCUAGGGUAUACGAUACCGGCCGGAACUCGCGUAGUCAUAAAUGUGUGGGCACUAGGAAGAGACCCGAAGUACUGGGAGGACCCAGAGAAGUUCAUGCCGGAGCGGUUCGAGGGUAACUCGGUGGACUACAAAGGGAGCAACUUCGAGUUCCUGCCUUUCGGUGCUGGCCGAAGGAUCUGCCCUGGGAUGACUUUUGGAUUGGCAACCGUCGAGUUUGGCCUAGCUCAACUUUUGUUCUAUUUUGAUUGGAAGCUUCCAGGCGACAUGAAAAUCGAAGAUCUCGACAUGACUGAGACGUUGGGGGCUAGCGCGCCGAGGAAGGAGCAGCUACAUCUUAUAGCGAUCCCGCGGAUUUCGUUACCAGUCAAAUAAAAAAUCAUCUCCUAGAAGUUUGUGUUAACUUCAUAUUUAGAAUAAUUGAAGUUUAUAUGUUAUCUCAUAAUAUCUAUCCUUGUAUUUUAGAAGGGUUCUUAGCAUUGUAUGCUAAGAGCCUAUAUAACUUAAUUAGUACUCUAUUAAAAUUAUGUAUGGUGCAUGAAUAGCUACAAAAUAUUACUAGAAGGGGUGGGUAUCUUAUAUUAUUGAUAUUAAAUAGUCCUAUUGUAACGACCGACGUGCUAG